CUCCCCCCCCGCGCGGCCCCUCAGUCCGGCGGCGCCGCCGCCCCGAACGGACGCGGCUCCCGCGCUCCUCCUUUUAUCCCCCUCCAUUCCCCUCGAAUUCCUCCCCCGUUUUGAAGCGAAACGGCGUCCCCCUCGGUCGAGCGGACACCGAGCGGCGAUGGCGGACGACCUGGACUUCGAGACGGGGGACGCGGGCGCCUCGGCCACCUUCCCCAUGCAGUGCUCUGCGCUGCGCAAGAACGGCUUCGUCGUCCUCAAGGGCCGCCCCUGUAAGAUCGUCGAGAUGUCAACCUCCAAGACCGGCAAGCAUGGUCACGCCAAGGUGCACCUGGUGGGCAUCGACAUCUUCACGGGGAAGAAGUACGAGGACAUCUGUCCCUCCACCCACAACAUGGACGUCCCCAACAUCAAGCGGAACGACUUCCAGCUGAUCGGGAUCCAGGACGGGUAUCUGUCGCUGCUGCAAGACAGCGGGGAGGUGCGAGAGGACCUGCGCCUGCCCGAGGGCGAGCUGGGCAAGGAGAUCGAGCAGAAGUACGACUGCGGGGAGGAGAUCCUGAUCACCGUGCUGUCGGCAAUGACCGAGGAAGCUGCUGUCGCGAUCAAGGCUAUGGCGAAAUAGGGGAGAGGAGGCCGCCGGACGCCGCUCUGGGUCCCCCCUCAGUGCGGGGGGGGAGGGGUGAGGCGGGGGGAGGG